UUCAGUGUCAUGAACAUAUGUUAUGAAAAAUGGCGGCAAUUGUAAUCAAUAACAUUUAAAUAUAUAAGAGCUUUGCGAAUUGUUGUUAACUUGCACACAUAACUUUAAUAAAAAUAAUUCCGCACAAAUUUAUUUAUAAACUGGAUAAAUACAAUUACAAAAUGAAGGUAGAGGAUGAUAGCACUGAAGUUGACAUUUUUCGUGAUACUUCCUUGAGAUAUUUAGGUUAUACGAAUGAAGUCGGUGAAGCUUUUAGAAGUAUUGUUCCUAAAUCUAUUGUCUGGAUAAGCUAUGUUAUUGCCAGUGGUUAUGUUGUUGCCGAUACAGCUCAUAAAGGGAUCAAAGAAUAUGGAAAAAGUGGAGCGAAAAAUAAAAAUAAACGGAUUUUCCUUUCUGCAUCUGAUACGUUAAUAUGGCAGAGCUUUGCAUCAGUGAUAAUUCCUGGUUUGGUUAUCAACAGAAUUUGUGCCGGGGUUCGUUUUAUGCAAAGAAAUGCUAAAAGUCCAAUAAUGAGGAAUCCGUGGAUGUCGACUAUCGUUGGACUCAUUUCUAUUCCACUAAUAAUUCAUCCUAUUGAUGAUGGAGUUGAAAGAACUAUGGACUCAACAUAUAGACAGUGGACUGGUUACCAUCCACUAAAGGAAAUAGAAAAUAAAUAGUCAAUAACUUGUUAAAUUAAAAUUUCAAGACAAUACGAAAGUGUAGUUCAAAUUCAAGUUAAUAGUAUUAAAGAAAUUGGACAUUCCGGUGUAAAUGUUAUUUCGUUAUAACUAAAAUAGUUUAUAUUGCAUAUUAUGUCAAUUUUAUUGAAUAAAAUGUAUAUUUUAUUA